AUGGGUUUCCCCAAAUUUGGCCGGCUUGGCGGGGGCGUGUUAGGAGAGAUGCAGCAGAAUCGACAGGACUCGGCUUCACGGUCUCCCAAGAAACUCCCAGAAGAUCGAGCGGGGAGAACCAACACCGAGAACCAACGCUCACCACAGAAAAGCGGCUUCGCUACCGUUUCUCUAAAGUCGCUGGGAAGCAAGGACACUACGAAGUUGGCCAAGACGAAGGAGCCCAAGGAAGACUCUCCAACCAAGCCCAAGAAGACCAAAUCAACGACGAACCUGGUCGGCUUCCUCUCGCGACCGAAAUCGUCGAAGGACUUGAAUAAACUUGUCGAGGAAGAGACGAGACAAACAAAGGACAAGGAGAAUAGGACGCCUCCUAGCUCGCUGAGCGACCCGUCCCCGCCGCCUCCAAUCUACGCUCAAUUCUGCAGCCAGGGACUUGGGAGCAGUUCAAAUUUAUCGUCACCUUUUGAUACUGGCAGUGACCCGUUCUUGCGAAUGAAUUCAUACACUGGUCGAAACGACCAACCGAGCCCUAGCGAAGGGGUCGUGAAGAAACAGAGACCAAUGUCUUUCCAACCGCAGUCUACUCCGAGGCCCGAUGCCGAUAGAAGGGAGGAGAGAGGCAGGUCAAGGACUAAGGAUGCCAGCACAAGCCAGAAAUCAUCAACAUGGCGCAAGGCGCGGUCCGCGUCCCGCCCUAGAAUUUUCGGUGCUUUCGCAGGCUCUGGCCAGAAGACGAAGCCAUCGGCUCAAGAGCCAACCGAACCAUUAAUAGACCCUAAAGACAUUGAUAAGCAUCUCGAGGCAAUGUUAGAUCGUCGCAACAUUCCAGAAAAUCAGCGGUACAAGAUGCGCAAUCUAAACUGUACAAUCAAGAUGGAGUUUAUCCGUCAGGACUGGGCGGAGGCAGAAGCGAAGAAGCUGGAGCGUCCGCGCACCAAUGAUAGUGAUACGUCAAUGGAAGGCGCUGGUGGCGACUCUGGGCAUCAGGAUGACAAAAAGAAGACCAGCCGAGGCAGAAGCCUGACUUUGUCCAAGUCUCGACCUAAGCCAUCAGUGUCCCCUACCAAAAAGGGGAAGAAGGAAGGGACUCUAGGUCGGCACUUCAGGAGUAAGUCUACAGACAGUGUCGCUAGUGACAGACCGGAGUCAGCCGGUUCAUCUUCUAGCAAUGGUUUACUUGCGAAGGUUACUGGGGCACACAACCCGGGCGACUUUGUUGCUUACCUCCGCAAAGUUCAGAAGCCGGAGCUUGUCGAAGUUGGAAAGCUCCACAAGCUUCGGCUGCUACUGCGGAAUGAGAGGGUGGCAUGGGCGGAAGACUUUAUUCGCCAGGGCGGCAUGAAGGAGAUUGUUGGAUUACUGCACCGCAUCAUGGAGGUCGAAUGGAGAGAGGAGCAUGAAGAUGCCCUCCUUCACGAGAACCUUCUUUGCCUGAAGGCGUUAUGCACGACGGCGUUGGCAUUGCAGUACCUACACUCCAUCCAGCCAUCCCUCUUCCCAGCCCUGAUCCAUAUGAUCUUCGAUCCGGAGAAGAAAGGUCCCAGUGACUUUACGACUCGCAACAUCAUCACAUCUGUACUACUUACCUACAUUGAGAGCUCCACUCCACAAGAGCGCAUGUCGCGGGCCCAGACGGUUCUCUCCUAUCUCCGUGACCCCGAAGCCAAGGAGGAAGAACGCCCAGUGAGCUUCGUCCUGGAGAUGAGGCGGGAGCGGCCUUACCGAGUGUGGUGUAAGGAGGUGGUCAGUGUCACCAAGGAGGUCUUUUGGAUCUUCCUGCACAACCUGAACGUCGUGUCCUUGCCAGCUGGCGACAAGCCUUCCAAGGGAGGUCAGACGCCAACAGGCAGCAGCGAUUCGUCCGCAUCGUCGACGUCCCAGGCGCUAGCCACGGGCCACCACGAGGACGUAGCGUCGAAUGAACCUUAUGCUUACAUGGCCCGCCACUUCCCACAGGAGCGACCACCAGUGCCAGCCGCUCCCUACGUCGGCGGAGUCGAGUGGGACGCAACAAACUACCUGGCCUCUCACCUGGACCUGAUGAACGCCAUCAUUGCUUGCACCCCCACGGCCGCCGAGCGCAACAGACUCAGAGAGCACCUGCGCAUCUCCGGGCUCGAGCGCUGCCUGGGCGGCAGCCUACGGUUGUGCAAGGAGAAGUUCUAUCCGGGCGUCCACGACGGCCUCAGGACGUGGGUGGCUGCCGCGGCUGAGGACGGCUGGGACGUCAAGGACGUGCGCUUUGGGCCGCCCCCGGAGACGCGUAGUUCGCCGAGGAAAGCCGGCGGCGGCGGCGCCGCGGGCAAGAAGAAGGCUGAAGAGGCGCCGCCCAAGCUCGACAUGCCCAAGCUGGACUUUGCACUGGACGGCCCCCUCGCGGGCGGCAAGUCCUCUGCCUAG